GAGGCCAAGCUGUGGAUCAUUAUGGAGUAUCUUGGGGGAGGCUCGGCAUUAGAUCUGUUGGAGCCGGGGUUGCUGGAUGAGACUCAGAUCGCCACCAUCCUCAGAGAGAUUCUGAAGGGUCUGGAAUACCUCCACUCAGAGAAGAAGAUACACAGAGACAUCAAAGCUGCCAACGUCCUGCUGUCGGAGCGUGGGGAGGUGAAGCUGGCAGACUUUGGGGUGGCGGGACAGCUAACAGACACCCAGCUCAAACGCAGCACCUUCGUUGGCACGCCCUUCUGGAUGGCUCCAGAGGUCAUCAAGCAGUCAGCCUACGACUGUAAGGCAGACAUCUGGUCUCUGGGUAUAACAUGUAUAGAGCUGGCUAAAGGAGAACCCCCACACUCUGAGCUACACCCGAUGAAAGUGCUGUUCCUUAUCCCAAAGAACACCCCUCCUACCCUGGAGGGGAACUACAGCAAGCCCCUCAAGGAGUUUGUGGAGGCCUGCCUAAACAAGGAGCCAAGCUUCAGGCCCACUGCCAAAGAGCUGUUGAAACACAAGCUGAUUGUGCGUCACGCCAAGAAGACGUCGUACCUGACAGAGCUGGUGGAUAGAUACAGGAGGUGGAAGGCUGAGCAGACCAGGCAGCAGGCAGAGUCCAGCUCAGACGAGUCUGACUCGGAGCAGGAUGGGCAGGCGUCGGGCGGGAACAACUUUGGGAGUGAUGACUGGAUCUUCACCAUCAGAGAGAAGGAUCCUAAGAAACUGCAGAACGGGGGAGAGGGACAGGAAGUGGAGAGUGGAGACAUUUCAGGGAGGCUGUUUUCCACCAUCAUCUCUCCUUCUCUGGCCGAAUUGAAGCAGCGUCAGGAGGCAGUGAAUGGGAACCCCAUGGCUCUAGAUGAACUGAGAGAAGCUAUUCUCCUAGCUGAGGAGGCCUACCCUGGGAUCUCUGACUCCCUGGUCACACAGCUGGUUAACAGACUGCAGAGAUUUUCUUCAGGCAGGAAGUCUUCGUGCUCUUCUCCCUAGUGAUUGGCUCUCUGCCCCAGCCUGCCUCUCCCAGGUCCCGCCCCCUGUCUGUGGUCCAGUCAGAGGUUAGAGGUCAGCCUGGAUAACACCAUAGGUGU